CAAACUGUGUGUCCGUGAAAGUGAAACUAUAAUGAAAAUGGACUUGAGGGGAAAACCAGUGAUCUCUCCACACUAGAGUCUGCGUGUUAUCAGCAGCUCGGAGAAGAAUCUGUCAGCAGAAGGGAAACAAACACCAUGACCGACUUUUCUACCUUUUCUAAACUCUGCCUGCUCACUGUCACCUGCUGCAUCCAAGCCUGCAGCAGCAGCAGCAGCAGCAGCAGCAGCAGCAGCAGCAGCAGCAGCAGCAGCAGCAGCAGGUGUCCGGCGGUGGAGUGCUGGUUAGUACAGGACCAUGCUGCUCGUAGAGGAGCCACGACCCAGGAGAAGUCUCUGCUUCAUAUCAGCACAGACGCAAACAGCCGAGAUGCAGCGUCAGAACAGAUUCCCUCCGACAUCGACCCAGACAGAAUCUUCUUUGUUACAGACCCGGCUGCCACGCUCUGCCACCAUUCCCUCAGCCCCCCCACAGGAGGCUCGGUGCAGAAGGCCCAGUGUGAGAUCAGCCCCUUCCUGCACCAGCCCUCCACACUCCAAUGGGUUGCUCCACUCACAGACUCUGGCUUCAGCCCCGUGUACCUGCAAGCUGAUUGGUUCUCGGCUGCGCUGCUGGGGCUCAACAAACAGCUGGUCAUUUCCAGCAUCAUGCGGGCUCCCACGGCAACCAAAGAGUCAAAUGUGAUCCUGAGUGUCAGCAGUGAAACCGUCUCAGUGCAGGCCCGGCUCGGGGAGCCAGUGCUGCUGGACUGUGGUUUCUGGGUCGAUCCUUCCUCGCCUCUGUCCGGGUCGGGUUUCGCCGUCGAGUGGCGUUACCAGUUCAGAGGCAAAGGACGACUGGUUCUGGCUUACGACGGCAAGACCGACCGUGUGGCUGACUCCCAGGAGGAAGGGGCCACACUGGACUUUGAGGGUUUGCACCAGAAAGGAAAUGCCUCCCUGAUCCUGCAGGAGACGGAAGUGCGUCACUCCGGGACGUAUAUUUGCACCGUGCAUCUGCCGUACCUUCAGGCUCAGGUGGCGAUGGAGCUUGAGAUCGUAGAACCUCCCUCCCUCUCCCUCCACCCCUCCCCUCUGCCCCUGGCUGUUCCCGGACAGACCUUGGUCGUCCAGUGUGAAGCGUCCGGCUUCGCCCCGCUCUCCCUGGAGCUGAGCUGGGAGUUUAAAGGCGCAGAUGGGAAGUCCAGAGCUCUGGAAUCAGCCAGCGUAACGGGCCACAGGCAGGCGUGGGACGGAACCUACGGCCAGAGUUCCCUGCUGGAGCUGGACACCUCUACCCUGGGCAUGGGGGGGGAGCUCACCUGUGUGGCCGUCCACCCUGGAGGAACACGCCGGGCCAGCACGUCCCUCAGUGUCAUCGGAUUCGGUUCUCCGUCUAUCGAGGACUCGAUGGCGAUGGUCGGUGUGGCGCUCGUGCUCUACGGUCUCAUCAAGUUUGUCUCCUGGACCAUUUCCAGCUCAGGCACUGAUGUGGCAGAUAAAGUGGAAAAGAAAGAGAAGUAAAGAAGUCGACUGAGGAGUGACACUGAGCCACCAGCACCAACCGUCUGCUUUGGAAACUCUGGAGUGAUGUUUCCUUUUUCUUUCAGACAAUUAUUUCGAGCUUAGCGAUAAAUCUGUGGAAACAUUAGUUUUUAGAGGGUUUUUUUCUACAGAUCUUGCUGGACGCCUUCUUAAGCUUUAUUUAAUUCUGUUUUAACUAUUUUCACAUUUUAUCUUUUUGUGCAAAAGUAAUAACAGGCAGGAAUCAGGUACAUUUGAAAGGAAACAGGUUUCUGUUCAUCUAAAAAAAAUCCUGUUUUACUAUUCUCCUGUAAAGUGACAUAUUGUUGGAAACUUGAUCAUUUUUCAAACACUGGAUUUAGAACAACAAAUAUGUGUAAGGAUGCUCCCUGUUCAGCAAUGAUCACCACUGAGAAGGAAAACAGCUGAGUGUAUGUGCAUGUGUGUGUGUGUGUGUGUGUGUGUGGUGUGAAGUGGGAGCUAGAGCGUGCCACCACCAACUAAAAGGUCGGUGGUUCGAUCCCUGGCUGCUCAGAAGUGUCUUUGACCAGGAUGCUGAGCUGGCAAUCUGACUGAUGUGUGAGAAGUGCAGUUUGAAUGUGUGUGUGAAUGUGUUGUCAGUGGUCAGUUCGAUUAGAAACCCACCUCUUUAUACAAAUGGUCCAUUUAAUGUUAGAUGAAAACUUUCCAAACUUAAUCUGGUUUUGUAAUGUGUGUGUUAUUUCGGUUUUGUCAUCACAUGUUGCUUAUUAGUUUCACUGUGUGUUAGUGAGUGUGUGUCUGUCGUUCAGACAAAUGUAGGAAUGAUGCUGUUUCUAUUAGAAAAUAAAAUGUACUUAGAAAGGAGAAGAUAAUGGCACAAACAAAUAAUUCUGGUGGAUGGAAAAUAAAGCAUUUGGAACUAUUUAAAAAAUCAUAUCAAUGUAUAAUUGAAGUGUGCAUUGUGGGUGUAAUUACAUUACAUUGAUUUCUGUUCCCUUGGUUUUCUUGCAAAAAUACUUUAUUUGCACCACAUUGUGCAAAUAAAACCGUUCACAAUUUGUACAUUGUAUAAGAAAUAAAUGCUUCAUGUGCAUUCAUGACUGAAAUAUAUGGAACAUUAUUAUUAUAACAAUUGUGACCGGUACUUAAAAAAAACAAUGGGACCGUAAAACAGUAUUAUGAGACAAUGUGACUCCCGUUGUCCUUUUCAGAAUAAAACCAGCGUUGUUAACGUGCA